AAAAAGUCAUAGAUAUAAGAAAUUACUGUACUAGUUUAUAGCGACAUCGAGAAAAGAUACGAGCAAGCCAAUUCCCAAUAGAUCAGGCCCUUUCCUCCGCUGCCGUCUCUUUUCUUAGCUCCCCUUCCAUAACCCCAGCUCCCACCGCGCUCCUCGUUAAUCCGCCGCCACCCCCUUUCACCUACUCCCCCUCCACAACCCUGAUUCGCGAUCCCUGCGCGCCAAAAUCUUGAAUAAGUAAUGAAUUUGGAUUAAAUGGAAGGAAAGGAGGGAUCGUGCCGCUGCCGCAAUAGCUGAUUCAUCUUCCUACUCGCCGUCUGUAAUGGUUCCAAGUUUCUAACCCUGCCUGCGAUCAGUUGCUGUUUUCCAUUUGUGUUGCACACUGUCAUCUCUUCCAACAACCAUGUCGCAAGCGGAAACACCUGUGAACCCAAGAAGAAACCAGGCUCCAUCUUCAACCACAAAUAUUCCUCUGGAAUCAGAUCCUCAUCUUAACCCUGGUACGGCGCCAGUGCCAGCCAAGCCUACUGUUGUGUCCGAUAUCUCAGAUCUUGCCAAUACUUCUCUUGCAUUGACCACAGCGUCUAUGGCCGGAACUCUCAAGAGGCCCCGCGAAGAGGAUUCUGUGGAGGCUGGGACCUCAGUUGAUUUGCCAGAAGCAAAGCGGCGUAUAAAGGCCACUCAUGAUGUGAUAUACCGAAUUGUUGUACCCUCGCGGCAGAUUGGGAAAGUCAUUGGAAGAGCGGGGCACCGUAUUCAGAAGAUUAGAGAGGAUACUCAAGCUACGAUUAAAAUUGCUGAUGCUAUUUCGAAACAUGAAGAGAGGGUGAUCAUUAUCAGUUCGAAGGACAGUGACAAUGUUUUCUCUGAUGCAGAAAAUGCUGUUCAUCAGAUUGUUACCCUAAUCCUCAAGGACGAUGACGGGAAUGCGGAGGCAGUGAAAAUUGGUCCUGGACAUGUCCCAGCUAAUGCAGUGAGGCUUUUGAUUGCUGGUUCUCAAGCAGGUGGCUUGAUUGGAGUUUCGGGUCAAAAUAUUGUGAACUUGAGGAAUACCUCAGGAGCAAGUAUUGCUGUUCUUUCUCCUAAUCAGUUGCCUCCAUGUGCAUCUGCCCAUGAAUCUGACCGAGUCGUACAGAUAUCCGGGGAAAUUCCUGCUGUUUUGAGAGCUGUAGUGGAAAUUGGCUGCCAGCUGAGGGAUAACCCACCUAAACAAGUAAUAUCUAUCAGCCCAACAAAUAAUGUUGGUAUUCAUAGGCAACCUCAACCAUUUGUGGAUCCUACUUCAGCUGAUUAUGUUACUUUGGAGCUUUUGGUUCCUGAAAAUCUGGUGGGUGGGCUGAUCGGAAGGUUCGGGGCCAAUAUAUCCAGGAUUAGAAAUGAGUCUGGAGCAAAUAUCAAGGUUUAUGGUGGGAGAGGUGAACAAACACAAAGACAGAUUCAUUUAGGUGGUAGCGCUCAACAGGUUGCCCUUGCCAAGCAGCGGGUUGAUGAGUACGUCUAUGCUGAAUUGAUGCGACAAGCAGGGGGGCAACUGCAGCUCACUGCUGCUGGUCAAUUGCAACAAUAUCCUGCUCAACAGCCGAUGCCUGACAUGUCAAAUACUCUAUACCAAGGUUAUGGACAUGCCCCUGGCCUAUACACAAGCAGUAAUCAUGACGUUGGGAUGAUGGCGGCGCUGCCCCCGAUGUUUGCAUCAAGCACAACUACCCAAGCUCCUCAUUACUAUGCUCAUCAGUCCUAUCCUGCUCCACCAUUAUAGGUGCGAAUAGAAGCAUCUUCCCCCACCCUCCCUCCUCUGUUUCAUGUUGGCCUUCGUGUUUGAUUAAAUUUAUUGUAUAAGAUUUAUCAAUUCCCGUUGCAUUGCACCGCGUCUGCACUCUUGUUGGAUAGUUAAUCUUGCUUACAAUAAGAAUGUAACCUUUGCUGGUAUUA